CUCUAAAGACAACAUCCCAGCUCCCUCUAUAUAUACAGGAGGAGAUUAGCCAGAGAAGCUCACACAAGUAGUGGAGAAGGGGUGGCCUAACUUUUGAGAACACACAUUACUAGCUACACCAGCCAAUUUAUGGGAAGUACUCUCGUUGCUUUUGUGGUUUUAGGAGCUGCAUCUCUACUGCUGCAUAGCUCAAAGGCAACAGAGUAUGAGGUUGGAGACAACACCGGUUGGCAAGCCCCUUCUGACACCUCUUUCUACUCUACCUGGGCUUCAGGCAAAACCUUCACCGUUGGUGACACUCUGAAGUUCACAUUCAGUACAGGUUCGCACGAUGUGGCCACAGUCUCCCAGAGUGACUAUGAUAAUUGCAACCAAGCCAGUCAAAACAACGUUGUAACAAAUGGACCAGCAACAAUCACCCUCAAUGCCACGGGUAAUCAGUACUAUUUUUGCACAUUUUCUGACCACUGCACUAGAGGUCAAAAACUAGCCAUUACCGUAGCUGCCAGCAGCACUCCCUCCCCCCCCUCACCACCAGGGACACCGCCUACAACUCCAUCUUCUUCGCCGCCGCCGCCGCCGUCACCGCCUCCGCCGCCCUCCGCUUCCUCAAGUCUCGUUGCUACCUUUGCUUCGGUGUUCAUGUCCAUCGCCAUAAGUUUCAUGUAUUACUUCUAGCUAGCCGCCCAUAUCGUAGUAGCAAUUAAUUUUCUAGUGUUGUGUCAUACAGCUUCUAUGUACUUGAUCAUUCAUUUGAUGAUAUAUUGGUUGGCUUUUAUUAUUUUGGCUUUUAUUAUUUUCUAUUUGAAUAAACUUGUUUGAUUUUACGGAUCAA